AUGGGUCAGUCAAAAACAAGAAGUAAUGAAGAGAGUAUGCAGGAAAUGAAGAGAGAAAAUCGCAGACUGAAAGACGAGAAUGCCAAACUGAAGGACCAGCUGGAGGAGAUGAGGCAGAAAUUAGGCAGCGGACAAGAUGAAAUGGAUCCAUUUACCUUUGACGGGGCAGGUGAAGAAGUCGAACAGGAGGAGGAAAAUCCAGUGAUAGCCUUGGAAACUCAGCAGACCAGGGGUCAGAACAAAGACAAAAGAAGAAAAGAGACUGCUGUACAAAGAAAAGAAUCAGAGUUGCAGAAUGCUUGGGUUGUACUUGAAAGAAUGCAGGAAGAAGAUAUUUCUACAGAAUCUGUUGUCACAUUUAGUAAAGGAGAUGCAGUGGAGGCAUACUACUUCCCGGAGAAGACAUGGUACCGAGCCAAUGUGUUGGGGAAAAGGAAGAAGCCAGAAGGUUACAGGGUGAGGUAUGCUGAAGACAACUUUGUUGAAGUGGUGAAGCCUGCCCACGUGAGGAAGAUCCCAGCGUAAUGUGUAUUCAGUGGAUUUUCUGAUGGACACUUAUUGUAUUAUAUGUAAAUGAAACUGAAAGUAAACUAAUAAAUAGACAUGAAGUGGUGAAGCCUGCCCAUGAGGAAGAUUCCAUCUUGAUGUAUAUUUAAUGGACUUUCUGAUGGACACAUAAAUUAUUAUAUAUUAUUAUUAUAUUAUA